AUGGAGGAAAUCGGCCGAAGCUAUACACAAGACAAAGAGAGACGUACAGAGAAAAAAGAUGAUAAUCAUCAAUCUUCACAAGAUGCAAUUGUGGAUCAUUUGAAAAGAUUAACGAGAGAAAUAGCGACCAUAAAAUAUGAUAUGAGGCAAACACUUACCUUGCUGGAUAUUUUAGUUAAAAAGAUAAUUAUGGAAACAGAAGUGGACAAGAACACGGAGAUUUCUUUUGACAGCGUUGAAACCCGAUUUCCGUUGCAAACUGUUAAAGAAUUGAUGGAGAUGGAGGAGAUCUUGAAACAUUAUGAUUCCCAACAUAAUGCUGCAAUACGCGCGUAUAUCAAAACUAUCGGAGGAACUAACGUCACUGAUGCCGUAAAGAGAAUAUUAUAUAAAAUAUUCUCAAACAAAUUGGCGGAGAAGUACAAUUGGGAGGGUCGGAAAGGAAAUAUGCGGAAAGGAACCACUGCGUAA